AUGGGCAAAGACAUGUCCCCGCCACAGGGCAUCACAUCCCUUCUGGACACGGAUCUGUACAAGCUGACGAUGCAAUGCGCGGUCCUCAAAUACUUCCCAGAUGUUCGCGUGACCUACGGCUACACGAACCGCACCCCGCAUAUGAAAUUGCAUCGCGGGGCAUACAAAUGGCUUUUAGAGCAGAUGGACAAACUGGCCGUAAUUCGCGUCACUGCCGAAGAGCGUGAUUGGCUCCGCCAAAAGUGCCCCUACCUCAACGACGAAUACCUCACCUUCCUAGAUACCUUCCACCUCAGGCCCUCCGAGCAUAUCAAGAUCAAGUUCGUUCCGGAACAAGAUACGGGCAGCGAUGACGAUGAAGGCAACGUGGAGUACAUUGUCGAUGGUCUCUGGCUCGACACGAUCUUGUAUGAAAUCCCACUGCUGGCACUGACCAGCCAGGCGUAUUUCAUGUUCACCGACAAGGACUGGGACUAUGCAAACCAGGAAGAGAAGGCAUACCGGAAGGGUUGCACUUUGCUACAGAAUGGCUGCGCGUUCUCUGAAUUCGGCUCGCGCCGUCGCCGGGACUACCAUACCCAGGACCUGGUUAUGAAGGGACUCACCCGUGCGGCAGAGGAGGGAAAGAAGCAGAGCUGGCCUGGUGUGAUGAUCGGGACUAGCAAUGUGCACUUUGCUAUGAAAUACAAUACGGGUGCCGUCGGUACCGUGGCACACGAAUGGUACAUGACCAUUGCUGCUAUCACGGACGACUACGAAAAUGCCAAUGACUUGGCAUUGAGUUACUGGCUCGGCUGUUUCGGAGAAGGGGUAUAUAAUCUUCAAGUUACCCGCAUUUUGAACGGCCGCAGACUAACUAGAGAAACACAGGUUCUUGGAAUUGCUCUCACUGACACCUUUGGCACGCCGGCAUUCCUAGAUGCGUUCAGAAAGCCUAUUUCAGCACCAAACCAAAAGGGCGAUGUUAACACGAACACAAUAACCUAUGCUCAGAGCUAUGCCGGUGUCCGCCAAGAUUCGGGUGACCCAACGUUCUUCGUCAAGAUGCUCCGGGACUUCUACGACAGCCAGGGUAUUACCGAAACCAAGACAAUAGUGUUCUCCGAUUCGCUGGAUAUCGAUCACUGCCUGGAGUACAAAACAAUUGCCGAAGAAGCAGGCUUCAAGCCUACAUUUGGAGUGGGAACAUUCUUUACCAAUGAUUUUAUCAGCAAAUCAACCGGACAAAAAUCCAAGCCCCUCAACAUCGUUAUCAAGAUCGCCACUGCGAACGGCAGGCCCGGUGUCAAGCUUAGCGACAAUAUGGGCAAGAACAUGGGUGACUCUGCCAAGGUCCAGGAAGUCAAGAAAAGGUUGGGCUACGUUGAGCACGAGUGGGAAGAGGGUGAUGAGAGUCACCGCUGGACGAAGCAGGCAUAG